ACUGUGAACUUACCAUUUUCAUGUGCUAGGAAGGAAGAAGGCAUGUCAGUCAAUCCAACUUUCAAUGUGUCAGUUAUAUUUGGUAAACGAGAUGAGCCGAUGCUGGUAGCAUGCGCACGCCAACUGAUCGAGCACAUAAGUAGCUGUGGUUCAUCUAGGCCGUUGGUGCUCUCUCUCGGUCUCAAGGACCACUCUCUGGAGAUGCUGAAAGGCAUUGUUUCUGUUGUCAUCGAGAAUCGCCUUUGGUAAGAUCUACAUCAUGGUCAUUUCGAUAAUUUUAGGAACUGAUUUUGUAGUUGGCCCGACUUCAUCGAAAUGCAAUCAGUGUCUUCAAUGUAGAGUUUUCAAACACUAAAAAUGGCCGAAAAUCACCUACUGCUACAUGAGGUCAAAUUCAUCUAAUGUUGUAAUGGAUAGAAGAGAAAUUUAUUUAUUUAUUUUAUCAUUAGUGGGGCCA